GGUCGAGUUUACCGCUGAUCUGAGACCCGAGUUUGUAGUUUCCCUCUGAUAAAACAUAAAACAGUCUGAUCACCCGAACUGAUCCGAGACAGAUCUGUUAUACAGUCCUAAAGAUGGCAGCCUCCGUCAGACAUUUACUGAAACCUUGGACACCGAGUCUGUGUCUGGUGAGAUGGAGUCGGUAUAAUCCGUACUAUCUGGAUCCUGAUCCCAGUCAAAAGACCCCGGAAUCAGAGCUCAGUCCUGAAGAGAAAGAGCUGCAGGAACUGAAGAAAGUCAGACCGAUAAAAGCAGCGCUUUCGAGCGACACCAGCUCUCCUUUAAACGACACUCUCAUCAGCAAGUUCGUCAACAUGAUGAUGCAAGAUGGCAACAAAGUCCUUGCUAGAGGAAUCAUAACACAGACGCUGGAGAACGUGAAGAGAAAACAGGUGGAGAAAUACCACAAAUCUCCGGCAGCUAAGAGAGAAGAGAUCCAGUGCAAUCCGUACACCAUCUUCCAUCAGGCGCUGGAGAACUGCAAACCCAUCAUUGGCCUGGCCAGCAUCCAGAAAGGAGGGAAAACUUACCAGGUGCCGGUUCCUCUCUCGGAUAAUCGGCGGCGCUUUCUGGCCAUGAAGUGGAUGAUCACCGAGUGCAGGGACAACAAGCACCGCCGCACGCACAUGUACGAGAAACUCUCGCAGGAGCUGCUGGCCGCCUUCGCCAACGAGGGAAACGUGGUGAAGCGCAAGCACGACCUUCACAAGAUGGCCGAAGCCAACAGGGCAUACGCACACUACCGCUGGUGGUAGAGACGGGGGUUUGGGGAGGAUGGGCAUCGCACGAAAAGGACACGAGAACGCGUGUGGUCUUGUUCAUCUUUGUGUGACAGUAAAUAAAAGCUAUAAGUCACACAUUUUUGAGUUGAACGGUGUUACAAAACCAGUCUGUGACACGUUCUUGAGAUUUCAAUUGCAAUCUCGUGCACAAAAAUACUUCAUUUCUUCAUAUUUGUAACUGUAGAAGGUACCGUCUAAUCUGCAAGAGCCUGAGAAAUCGGUUCAGGAAUCAAAAACAGCUUUAUUUUAUAUUAAAUGGAAAAAAAUUGGAAUAUCGCGCCACAUUCAGUCCACAGGACCUUCUUGAGAUAUAUAUAAUUGCUGUAGCUCUGUAAACGCAUGCAAACUUAUGACGCUUAAUGCCUUCAUCCACAACCUGUAAAAGUAUUGCUGGAUAUGCAUCCACUCUCUUCAUAGUAUAAAAAUAUUAUUCUUAACUGAA